UUGUAACAGAAAGCACCAACUCCUCCCGCAUACUGAUGGACCUAAAAUGGCUCCGAUCAUGCAACACACUACAUGGCAUCAUCAAAAUUCUGGUUUAACGUCGAUGUCAAACUUGAAGCCUCCAAAUGGUUCCAUAACAUGUCAAUGGUCAGCAUCACAAGCCGACGUGAAUGUCUCCUUGCCCUGCCUUGAAGGUUACAUGCGAAAAUGUGGGACUUUAGGGAAGAACGAAGGUCUAUUAAUGUAAAGCCUUCGUUUGCAUAACGUUUAUCUCGUAUAUGCCACAGUAGCGGCAAAGAGGCUGACAGCAGCAGUCAACUAGGCUUGAUAGAGCUAUGAUUGCUGUUCGGACUACAUGCUUGAUGCAGAAGUGCUAUAUCAUGUAGCGCAUAGCGCGAAUUGGUCUUGCUUGUAUCUGGUUUGAGACACUGCUAUUUGGAGUCAACUGCGUGCUAUACGGUGCUUGCAUAUUCGUUCUAUCCCAUUUGCGACGCCCUUCACCCGGGCGUGGUGCCCAUGGUAUCUCUUACAAAAUGAUAUGCUUUACCUGCACUUUCAUUUUUGCGACAGCAGCUAUACACGUCGUGCUGUGCUUUCUCCUAAUCAUGGAGACCUUCACAAAUCCGGAGACCGUUGAUACACUCUCCAGAGCUAAUGAUUACAUCAUGUCAAAUAAGUUCUUGCUUCCUAGCGGAAUCAUGUACAUUCUUAAUGCCAUAGCUCGAUUUUUGCUAUUUAUAUGGAGGCUAUAUGUUGUAGCUGGUCAUACUUGGAAGCCAUGCAUAACGCCUCUUAUCUUGGUGACUGCCAACAUCUGUAGCGCAUUUGUUGCCACCUACUUUCUCGAGAGGGAUGGUACAGCUUCCCACUCCCUUCAGAGGUUUGCUUUCGCAAGCUGGACGAUGGCAUUCUGUCUCAAUGCCGGGAUUAGCACUGGCAUCUUCUACUUCGUGUGGGGUGCACGAAGACGCACACAGGCAGGUGGCCUGUUUAGCAGAAGUUCCAGUCCAUACACCUUGGCGGCCACAAUUCUCUUCGUGAUCGAAUCAGGUGCACUCAUCGCAGGUUGUGAACUAGUGAUGAUAUCUUUGAAUUAUGCAGAAAGCAUCGCCAGUAUCGCCGUAGUAUGUAUAACUAUCCAGGUUACUACCGCUAGCCUUUUGCUCCUUAUUGUGCGGGUUGGCAUACGAUUAACCUACUGCACAGAUACAAAGGAUUCUAUAAUAUUGAGCAGUGUAAUGCCGAUGUUUGAAACCCCAUUGUCGAUCGAUGCUGAUGUCGACGCUGGACGGUCGAUGGACAAUGGACAAUUCCAGUGCAUGCCUGGUACGAGUAGGACCGCACAAGACGAGCGACACGAAGUCAGUCUCGGAGGUAUGGUACCUCCUCAUGGGGUCACAUUAGAGCAUUCAUAACAAUCACACAACUCGUUUUCUGUAUCUGUAUUUCGAACGUUUCUCAUCUUUGGCACGGGCUUCUAUCCAAAAUCGCACGCACAUUGGCGACCUUAUGUUUGGGUUGGGGGUCGAUCCUUUUCCGAUUCCUGUGGGUUUAUGCAUGUAUGUAAUAUAAAUGAAUGUGCAUUUUAAAUUACGCUUCACCUGGUCUGAGGCAGGGAUAUUUCGGUUCAAGUUCUAUUUUCCCAUACCUCACAACGUGGCAUGUUGCUGGUACUUUAUCCUGCUGGUAUACCGAGAGACAUGCAUGAUGCAUGCAUGAUAUUAUGUAUGAGCUUGGCUGUACCAUGACUAUGAUCGGUAUUCUCCGCCAGCGAAUGGGGCUGAACCCUGCUGAACCUCUUCUGGACAUAUCAUUCUGAAAAGGAGUCACCCGCUGGGGACCCGACGUACAUCGUUGGUGGCAUCCUCAAACAACUAAUCCUUCAGGCACCUUGCUCAUCUCGACUUCGAGAACGGUCGAGUCGAGAUCUUAUCCUAUCUUAUCCCGUCAUACGCCCGAUAGCCACCGGGCUCAGCAGUGCCCCACUUUGAUGUAUCAUUGAGGUGAUGGCAUACGGCAAGAUCUUGGAAACGCUGGUACUCAUUCAGGCAUCUUGCUAUUCGGAUCGAUGUCAUGUGCACAGCACUUAUCUCAGUAAAGCGUCGCGACUCGCGAGUAACUCUCACAGUUCUUCAGCAUUUCCUUCCACUGAUCCUAGCUUAAUGACUGCGAGUGUAGCGCAGAUUACUCUCACUUGUAUCUGGCUAGAGACAAUGAUAUAUGGUGGCAGUUGCAUACUUUACAGCGGCUGCAUGUUUGUUCUAUUCAAUCUGCGACAGCCACUAAACAGAUCCAUUAGUCACCGAAUCCCAAGUAAAACGAUACUCUUUGCUUGCACUUUCCUUUUCACAACAGCAACUGUACAUGUCGUCCUGUCAUUUAUACAGCUCCUACGUGCCUUCACAAAUGAGGAAUCUGCAAUUGCUGCCGCAGAUACUUACCUCACGUCAAACCAGUUUAUAACUCCCAACGCGUACAUUUACAUUUUCAAUGGUAUAGCUCAAUUCCUUUUGUUUAUAUGGAGGCUGUAUAUGGUAGCCGGUCAUACUUGGAAACCCUGCAUAAUACCUCUUAUCAUACUGGCCGCCGAUGCGUCUUGCUCAUUCGCUAGCGCUUCCCUUAUCGGUAAGGGUGGUGUCGUCACCACCCGCGCCGUUAGGGGCCUUACCAGUGCAGGAUUUACUAUAGGAUUCUGCCUUAAUGCUGGACUAAGCGGUGGUAUCUCCUAUUAUUUGUGGGCAGCACAGAGACGUACGGGUGGCUUGUUUGGCAGAGAGCACAAUCCAUAUAAGACCGCAAUGCUCCUUGUGGUUGAAUCAGGUGCACUCAUUGCAAGCUGCGAACUUGUGAUGAUGUGCCUCGCCUACGUAGGAAACGCCGCCUGUAUCAUGGCAACAAGUGUGGCCAUCCAAGUCGCUACUGCCAGCCCUUUGCUCAUUGUUGUGCGGGUUGGCAUGAGCGCUUCUACUCGCAGCACACACCAAACCACUGACAGCACGAUAUUCCGCUUUGGAAACCCAGUAGCUGUUGAUGUCCAUAUCGACACAGUGCGACCGAUAGAUGGUCCAAAUGCAUAUCCGAUGCAGUUGUCGUCCAAGUCUAAACGCGAGGACCCACGUGAAGGCUCGUUAAAGGCAUAACGAAUCUGUUGAUGUUAUCCCUCAUUUGCUAUUAGUUCUGGUAGUAGAGCUCUGCUUGGUAUAGACUUCGACUAGUCUUUAUGCUGUUCGUGAGUCACUUAUUACUCGGGCUUGGGUUUACUCCCUUUCAUCUACUCGUCCACUUAAAUAUAUAAAAAGAUUCACAUUUUUUAUGUAGUUGCCUCCCCCCUUCAUAGAGAACUAGUACGCUAUAUGCUAUUCAUAUCACAAAUAUAUUCUAUCUUACAAUCA